CUUUUUCUUCUUCCGUAUACGGCGUAGAGAGAGAGAGAGAGAGAGAGAGAGAAUGGAAAGGUCAUCGGAGGAAGUGACUCCGUCGGAAGCAGCCGUACUGAUAACUCCUCGUACCGAUCCCAUUCGCGGCGACGAUCGGAACGGGAACCGUAACCCUAUCAGUACUGCUUCAUCAUCGCGAGCUGAGUGGCCGACGAUCGACGGACCAUUGGGGUUGUCGGAGCAAGAUUCCAUUGGUUACGCUCGUAAGUUUUUCGGAUUUGGAUUCAUUUUGCUACCAAUGCUGUGGGCCGUUAAUUGCUACUACUUCUGGCCGGUUCUUCGUAACUCUCGCUCUUUCCCCCGAAUCCGCCCCUAUGUGGUAGGAUCAGCAAUAGGAGUGACGAUAUUUUCAGCCAUGCUAGCUUCGUGGGCCCUCACCUUCACCAUUGGAGGCGAACGUCUUUUCGGGCAUACAUGGGAUGAACUGGUAAUGUAUAAUGUUGCUGACAGAUAUGGUUUGACAGGUUGGAUUUAGUGAUUGGAAUUGGAAUUGUAAAGUCUGGAAUGGAAUUGGAAAAACACUAGACUCAUAACUCAUUUUGUUUGAAACUCCAAGAGAUAUUCUGAAUUCUGUAUUAUUCAACUUCAAGUAGUCUCAGAAGUCACUUAAAUACAUAUAGC